AUGGAAAAGACUGUCGAAGCGAUUCGGAUUGUCACAAUGGACUAUUAUUUGACGAAGCCCAUUCAAAAUUUGGAUUCCUGCUUUUCAGAAUUACAAAAUACUGUGAUAAAAAGUGUGCCUAUUAUAAGAGUUUUUGGCAGUAACAAGUUCGGGCAAAAGGUUUGUGCUCACAUUCAUGGCGUUUAUCCGUAUUUGUAUGUGCCUUUCGAUGACAACAAUGUCGAAAAUCACACGAGUUAUGUGCAGCAAUUAGCUAAUAGCUUGGAUAAAGCGAUAAAUAUUUCGUUUGGGAAGAUGAUGUCGACAAGGCAGUAUGUUUAUAAAAUUUUAUUGGUCAAGGGAAUUCCAUUUUACGGAUUUCACAACACCGACAUGCAUUUCCUGAAGAUUUAUUUGUUCAAUCCGGGUCUCGUUCGUCGUGUAGCGAAUUUAUUGUUAAGCGGAGCGAUUAUGAAUCGUUCUUUUCAGCCUCACGAAUCGCACAUUCCUUAUAUUUUGCAAUUUAUGAUCGAUCACAAUCUUUACGGCAUGAGUCAACUUUAUGUUCCGGAGCAAUUGUUACUUCAUCGUUCCUCAAAUAAGUCAGAAGAGAGCCAUAUUCCGCAAAAACUCACCCAAUCCGCCAUUGAAUUCGACAUAAUGGCGAUUCACAUCUUAAAUCGAGCUCUUUUAUAUCAAAAAACUGACACAAAUUGCGUGAAUCCCGGCAUUGCUUCUUUAUGGGAAGACGAGAAAUUGAGAAGAGGAUUCGCAUCGACAGCAGAAUUGGAGCCUCCGCCAUCGCAGAUUCGAGAAUACGUGAAUUUAAGUAGGAGUGAUCAAUAUUUUCGACAAGUUUUGAAGGCGAAAGUUGCUCCAAAGGACUUUGAGGAGGAAAAUCGCAUGGAUUCGACUGCAGAAAUGGAAAGAUUAAUUUUAAUGGACGAAAUUCCGUCGCAAAAAACCUCACAAAAGACAAAUCAUUCGGGUUCGUUAUUUUCUGACGAAGAUGAGACUGAAAAUUUAAAUGAAAAAUUGGAUGAAACGAUCGUUAAUGAAGAAAUUGUCAUGAGUUUGACUCAAAAUACGUUGAGUGUUACAUUGAACGAAGAAGACUAUGAAUUACUUGAAAUAAUGCGAGAAUUAGAAGAAAAUGAUGGAAAAACACCCGAUACUGAUAGUGUAUUAGCUCCUGUAAGCAGUCAAAAGCCUCAAAACCAAUCAACGCAACUUACUCAAGUCAUAAAUGCAACAAUCGAACCCGAAGACGAAGAUGAACUUGAUUUUACUGUCAUGAAUUUCGAUCCAGAAUUUUCUGAUGAAGAUGAAUUAAACACAACUACAAUGUCAGAAAAUUUCCCUCAACUUGAUGGCGGAUACGAUUUACGAAGACCAAAAAAGAAAUCUGCUGAAGAAAAGACUUGGUUUCAUAGAGAUAGGCCUCCGUCAUCGUUAAAAGAGCUCCAAAUUAACAUCAAAAAAGUUAAAUUUGAUGAAAAAUCGACAGAAAAUGUUGAAAAAACUCCUGAAAAGUCGAAAAUUGAAGAAAAAUCGACAGAAAAUGAAGAAAUUGGGACUCAAAAAUCAAAAAUUGAAGAAAUACCUUCAAGCAGCGUUGAAAAAACUCCUCAAAAAGUCGAAACAAACAUCUUGGAUGAUGAAAAUUUAACGGAAAAGCUCGUUGCUGCGUUUUUAUCUCCUACUCCGGGACCAUCAGGCAUCACAAAUGCAUUUCCAGAAUACAAAACGCCUGAAAAAACGAUCAGUAGUGAUGACGAAUAUGAUUCUGAUCCGAUGAUUGAAAGUUUUUACGAUCGCACACUGAUAUUUGACCUUCCCUCCUCUGAAGAAGAAGAAGUUUCUCCCAUUUCCGCAGCUAAAAACGAAGAAAAAGUCGUAAUUCAUCCAUUAAAAGACCCUCCAUUGCCGGAAGACGUCAAAAAAUCCAUCUACGAGUUCCAUGAAGCGCGAAAACCUGUUUAUAAAGACUUCAAUGACAUCACAAAGAAGCGAGAAGUAGGCUACAAUAUCUUACAUGUCGCUGGAGAUUGUCUCAAAGCAUGUCCUUCCUUCGAAAGUCAAGUCUUGAACACAUCAGGAUCAGUUUUAAACUCCAUUCGGAAGCAAUCUUAUCGAAAUCUCACAGGAAUUGAGAAACCUGAAAGCGUGAAUCAGAUAAACGAAUGUUUAGUAACUGAUGAAAAUGUAAUUUUAGACUGCGCGAAAAAGCCUCCGACUGUUUUAGAUGCAAAAUCUUGGGUUAAAGCGCGAAAAACGAUCAAACCUGUGAGGAAAAUCGAAGAUGAAAGUCCCGCAAAAGCAAAAGUUGAGAAGCCAUCGAAUGUGCUGCAAGAAGAAAUGCAAGAAAAUGUCGAAGAAGAUAAAGAAGUUUCGGUUAUUGAUGCGACUUUUAAUGAAUUUGACGUAACUUUGGGCGAUACUGAAGGAAAAAAGCAAGAAACUUACCAAUUUAAUGUCUCCGGAGUUUUAGCUGAGAGUCAAGAUGGGAGAAAAUCAGCAACGCCAUCGAGUUCGAGGAAAAGUAUGUCCUUGAUGAGACGAAAAAGACGCGGAAUGUUGUCUCUGAAGAAGAGAUUGCAGAUAAAUAAGGCAUUGGAAGAGUCUGCUGUUGAUUCUCCUGCGACAUCACAAACUUCUGAGAAUAGUUUUCAGUCAAGUGAGACUUUUGGAGAUAUCAGUUUAAAAGACUCACCCGACAGCGAAGCAUCCCGCUUGAAUCCAAACAGCACUUAUGGCUUUUCUCUCAGUUCCACAGACAUCAGUCUCGUCGACAAAUCCCAACAUUUCAAAGUCGAUCUUGAAAACUUAAAAACCGCCAACGCCAAAUGCGAAUAUUCCUACUUAACCCUCAUGAAUUUGGAAUUACAUUGCCAAACCCGUAACGAUUUAAAGCCUGAUCCAAUGUUCGACGGCAUUUCCGCUUUAUUUUUCACCAUCAUCAACGACGUCCCGGAAAAUUCUCUUGUUGAUCAAAAGAAAACCGCAAUGAUCGUCUGCGGCUUGAGCGAACUCGAAGUAAAUAUUUUCCGUCGAAGUGACAUGAAAACCGACAUUUUUGUUGUUCCCAAUGAAAUUUCGUUAUUCGAACAUUUAAUCGACAUUGUGCGUCAUUGGGACCCUGAUAUAUUUUCAGGUUAUGAAAUUGAGCGUUUUUCAUGGGGAUAUUUAAUUGACAGAGGAAACGCAUUGGAAUUGGAUAUGAUUUCCUUGCUUUCGCGGAUUUUACCGAAGGAACAUGUGACGCAGGAGAGCAAAGAAGUGCCCCAAAUGGAAGAACCUGAUCCGGGACAAGGUAUGGAUCGCGAGUACGAGAACGAUAUUCAGAUACGCGGGAGAAUUUUAUUGAAUGUUUGGCGGUUAAUUCGACAUGAAAUCGCUUUGACGUCAUAUACCUUCGAGAAUGUCUUGUACCAUAUCAUGCAUCAACGAUAUUUGCUCCAUUCUCAUAAAUUUUUGACUCGUUUAUGGCAAAAUCCGAAGACAAUGUGGAUCGUAGCGGAUUAUUACUUGAAAAAAGUCCGCGGAACAAUCGAUAUUUUGGAUACUUUGGACCUGAUUGGAAGAACGUGUGAGUUGGCGAAGCUCUUUGGCAUCCAAUUUUUCGAAGUUUUAUCCCGGGGGUCACAAUUUCGCGUUGAAAGCAUGAUGAUGCGAAUUGCCAAGGCACGAAAUUACGUCGGGGUGUCUCCAAGUGUGCAACAACGAGCUCAUAUGAGAGCUCCGGAGUACUUACCCUUAAUUUUAGAGCCCCAAUCCCGACUUUUCACGGAUCCUUUGAUCGUUUUAGACUUUCAAAGUUUAUAUCCAAGCGUUAUAAUCGGAUAUAAUUACUGUUUUUCGACAUGUUUGGGUCGAGUAGAGCAUCUUGGCACAAAAGACCCCUUCGAAUUUGGAGCGACAAACUUGAAAAUCCCGCCAGAAUUGCUUCAGGAGCUCAUUGAACAGAACCAGAUCACAAUUUCGCCGUGUGGCGUCGCUUUUGUGACCAAAGAAGUCCGUAAAGGGGUCCUUCCGCAGAUGUUAAACGAGAUUCUCGACACGAGAUUGAUGGUAAAACAGUCCAUGAAGCUGCACAAAAGUAAUAAAGUGCUCCAACGGGUCUUGCAUUCACGACAACUCGGCUUGAAAUUGAUCGCGAACGUCACUUAUGGAUAUACGGCGGCGAAUUUCAGCGGAAGAAUGCCUUGUGUCGAAGUUGGGGACAGCGUUGUAAGCAAAGGGCGCGAAACUCUCGAACGUGCAAUCAAAUUUGUCGAAGCUAAUAGCGAAUGGCGGGCUGAAGUUGUUUACGGAGACACAGAUUCCUUGUUUAUUCUCCUUCCGGGACGAACUCGCGAUGAAGCUUUCACUUUAGGACAGGAAAUAGCUGAAGCAGUUACACUCGAUAAUCCAUCGCCGAUCAAGCUGAAAUUCGAAAAAGUUUAUCAACCGUGCAUUUUACAGACCAAAAAGCGGUAUGUUGGGUACAUGUAUGAGACUCCCGACCAAAAAGAUCCCAUUUACGAAGCGAAAGGCAUUGAAACUGUUCGUCGUGAUGGUUGCCCGAUCGUUGCAAAAACUCUCGAAAAGACUCUUCGCAUCCUUUUUGAGACUCUCGAUGUUAGUCGUGUCAAGCGUUUCAUCAAUCGGCAAUUUACGAAGCUCCUGAAAGGCGAAACCAGCAUUCAAGACUUGAUUUUUGCCAAAGAAUUUCGCGGAAUGAAAGGAUACAAACCCGGUGCGUGUGUUCCUGCCUUAGAAUUGGCGCGAAAAUGGGUUUUAAAGGAUCCAAGAAAUAUUCCUUUGAGCGGUGAACGAGUCCCGUUCGUUAUUGCUAAUGGUCCCCCGGGAUUGCCGUUAAUUCGAUUGGUUCGAAGCCCGUAUGAGAUGCUGGAAGAUAAGGGAUUGAAAGUUAAUUCCUUUUAUUAUAUCACAAAAGUCAUAAUUCCGCCGUUAAAUCGAUGCUUGUUGCUCAUUGGAGUCGAUGUGAGAGAAUGGUUUCAAGAAUUGCCGCGAACUUUGAAGAUAACGGGAGCAACAACUCACACAGAUGCAAAUUUGGGGGAUUUUACGUACAAAAAAAGUACAAUAGCGCAAUAUUUUGCGACAACGAAUUGCGUGGUUGAGUGCGGGAAUCAAACGACGAAUGAAGGUGUUUGUGAGAAAUGUCAGGAAAAUCCACAAAAAGCUGUUUUGGCGUUAAAUUGUAAAAUUAUGAAGUUGGAUAGGAGAUUGGCGCAGAUUCAAAAGAUUUGUCAUUCAUGUAGCGGUCGAACAACAAAUUUUGAAUGCAUUUCAUUGGAUUGUCCGAUUUUAUAUAAACUUAAUAAUGCGAAGCACAAUUUUUCACAAACGGAAAAUAUGCGAAAGUUGCUUGAAAAUGAAUUCUUUUGAUACAUUUUUGAAUUA